GUUACUCUAUUCAGAAACGUGGCAACAGCUUGAUUCAGUGUGAAAAAUGGCUGAUGCUUCUGCAAAUACUACCAUUUCAAAUUCUCUAGGCAAAAAAUUCUGGAAAAAGAUUUCUGACGAUCCAUCAUCUGGAGUAACAGUUGUUCAUGAAAAACUACAUCUUGUAAUUCCUCCAUAUUAUCUGGAUGAUCUGAGAAAAAGUGUGACUUCCGUCAUUGAUUGCCGACUUAUUCGCUACGCAGAAGAGCUUGGUGGUAUAUUGGCUGGUUAUGGAAACCUUGUCAUUGAACAUCCUAAAGCCGACCUUCUAUUUGACCAGAGUAACAUACAUGUUGAUGUUGUUGGUGAUUUCUACAUUUUCAAUCCCGAAGUUAAUAAGGAACUAACUGGAAUUGUGAACAGGAAAAGUUUCGACCAUAUUGGUUGUCUAGUCCAUGGUCUUUUCAACAUCGCUCUUCCGAAACCCCUUCAUGUGAAUUCAGAACAGUGGCCUGGAAAACUUGCCAAGCUUCAUGAUAACGUCAGAUUUAGAAUUGGCAAAGUAGAUCUGAAUAGUGUUGUUCCUUACAUUGAAGGAAGAAUUAUUGAGCUGAUACCUAAUGUUGAAUCGAAUUCUGAGCUAAGACAAAGGACUAGCAGUGAUAGUGGAGUCAGUAUUGCAAGCGAGGAGUCUAUGAAUAUUGCAACUACUCCAGAAGCCAGUAUGGACCGGAAGAAAUCUAAAUUGUCAUUAUCUCAGAAAAAGAAGACAUCAGUGACUGUUGCCAUUGAAAUUAAAAAUGAUGCCGUGGAGGAAGAUAAGAAGAGAAAGCGAAACCUUUCUGAAGGUUCAACCACACAAGAGACACCCAAAAACAAAAGAGCUAAACUAGCUAAUAAUAGAACUGGAGAACCUGCUAGUGAAGAUAUUGUUCCAGUGGAAGAUUUGGCAACUAACGUGUUUGCAAAGUUGGGUGGUUCACCUUCCCGCAAACAAAAGAAAAAUCAAGAUGCAAGCAUAUUGGUCACGGCUUCUAUUGCAGCCGAAAAGAAUCAAGAAUCUACAAUAGUCCUUGAGGAUGUUGGCCAACGCUCAAUCAGGGAGUUGUCACCUAAGAAAACAGCCUCUAAAAAAAGAAAGAUGGAAGAAGACGAUAGCGAAGUUGAGGAGCCCAUAAAGUCGCCCAAAAAAUCUAUUUCAAAACCAAAUGACGAUGUUGAAUCUGAUAUGGAAAGUAAUUCUGAUGAAGAUUUUAGAAGUUCACAGAAGAUCCCUUCAUCCCAAAAGAAGCAGAAACUUUCAAAGAAAUUGAAUUUUGAAUCUGAAAAAGAAGGCAGCUAUUCUGAUGAAGAACUUACAAGUUCGCUAAAAACACCUUUGUCAGAAAAGAAGCCGAAAUUUACAAAGAGACCCGAAGCUAUAUCUGAGAAAGUAAGCAGUUCUGAUGAUGAUUUUGUGAGUUCCCAGAAGACCCCUUCUCAAAAGAAGUCUAAAUUGGCAAAGAAAACUGACGUGGAGGAAAAACUUGUCGCUACUCCAGCGAAGAAGACUCCAGCGAAGAAGACUCCAGCGAAGAAGACUCCAGCUAAGGAGAUUCCGGCUAAGAAGACUCCAGCUAAGGAGAUUCCGGCUAAGGAGACUCCAGCUAAGGAAACUCCGGCUAAGAAGACUCCAUCACAACCUGCAAAAGAAGCUUCUCAUAAAAAAUCAAAGACUUCUGUCGAAAAACAAUCAAAGAAGAAGGCGGUUGUAGAAGACUCUGAUUCUGAUGUUGAUCCCGAACUUCUUAUCCAAGAAGUGUUGAACGGUAGUCGUUUUGCUUUCUCUCCAGAUUCGACUACUAUAGAAAAACCAGUAAAACAGAAGAAAACUCCAAUGUCAAAAACUAAACUAGUCGAUUCAGAAAAGAAAUCACAGACAGCACAGAAACCCCCGAUUUCUACGCCAGUAUCUUUGCCAGUUAAGGAAACUAAAACUGCCACAUCAGUUAAAAAGAACGCGAAGGAAUCAUCGUCCGGGAAGAGUUUGAAAGCUCUGUCGUCCGAGAAGAAUCAAGAAACAGCUGAAAUGAACCAAGAAGUGCUCUCCACGAAGAAAACUCCAUCAUCAAAGAAGACGUCAAAAAUUGCGCCAGCACCAGAAAACGCUUUGAAUGUUUCCUUGAAAGAGAAGAAAAUUAAAAUUGAGCCAUCAAGGAAAAGAUCUAAGUCGAAAAAAGAUGCGGACAAAGAGGCGGACUCUGAACAUGAGGAAAUGGUUGCUGAGAUUUUGAAAUCCGUACAAAUGACUGACAAAAAGUCGAAAAGCAAAACUAAGAAAUCUGCAAACUCGUAAAAUUCAGAUAACUUCUAGCAAAAUUACCACUUCAACGCGCCAUUUAUAAUUUUUUCUGUCAGAAGACUAAUCACAAUUUAAUUUCCAUUUUCAUUUUUCAUCAUUUUUCAAAUUCCCCGUGUAAGCUUUCGAAGUUAGAAAAAACAAUAAAGACAGUUUAUUUCGUGAAA